AUGGGCUCGAUGAUGCGUAAGAAGACUCAAGUGUCAUUUGUGAUUAGGGAUGAGGAGGAGCGACGGCAUAAAAAUGGUGUUAGCUCUCUACAACUCGAUCCUAUACAGGGGAGAUUGUACUCGGCUGGUCGUGAUGGAAUUAUACGCGUUUGGCACACAGGAUCUGGCGCGCAAGACAGAUAUAUACAAAGCAUGGAACACCAUACCGACUGGGUGAACGAUAUCGUUCUUUGCUGCGGCGCAUACGCUAAGGACAAAGAACAGGUAGCUAGUGCCGGUCUCGACAGAGCUAUCUUCCUUUGGGACGUCAACACUUUGACCGCUCUCACAGCCAGUAACAAUACCGUUACUACGUCUAGUCUCGUUGGCAAUAAAGAGUCGAUAUAUAGCCUCGCGAUGAAUCCGCCUGGAACUAUUCUUGUUAGUGGUUCAACAGAGAAGGUACUGAGAGUUUGGGACCCUCGAAACUGUUCGCGACUUAUGAAACUUAAAGGUCACGCGGACAACGUGAAGGCUUUAGUGGACACGGCUAACCAUGUCAUGCUGUAUGAUGUGUUGAAAGCUUGUAAAGUUGAAGACUUAGGUGAAGUGGACUAUGAUGAGGAGGUGAAGAAGCGUUUCAAAAUGGUUUAUGUGCCAAACUGGUUUAAUGUUGACUUGAAAACGGGAAUGUUGACAAUACAUCUUGGUCAAGACGAAACAGAUUGCCUGAGUGCAUGGGUUAGUGCGAAAGAAGCGGGAUUGACAACAGAGAAUGAUCAAAAAGUGAAUUUUGGUGCGCUGCUUUUGCAAGCAUUGCUUGAACAUUGGAAUCAUCCAAAUAGAGUGAAUGAAGCUGGGCAGAAAGUGAUCGGGAACAAUUUCUUCAGCGUCCCAUUACACACACCUUUAAUAUUCAGUGAAGUUGGUGGACGGACACUUUAUAGGCUGCAGGUUGGUGAUGCAGGUGGUGAAACUGAGGGUAAUCUGCUUAUGGAAACUGUCCCUUCUUGGGUGGUGGACGUCGCUAUCGAAAUGGCCGCUCCUAAACUCAACAAACUCCCUUUUUAUCUUCUCUCGCACUCAAGCUGUCAGAGCAAACAGGACAGGCAAAAGAAGGAUCGACUGGUCGCGAACGAUUUCAUCCAGUGUCGGAAGGUAGCCGAGCAUGUGGUGGAGAAGAUUGUGGGCGGCGGUGAUGUCAACGGGGCGAAUGCUAGCGGUGGUAAGCAAAGCACCAACGAGGACAGCGGGAACGACGCGCCCGAAGAGCGAGUGGAAUUGCUCUGCUGCGAUCAGGUUCUGGACCCGAACAUGGACCUGCGGACUGUCCGCCACUUCAUCUGGAAAUCGAAUGUCGAGUUCACACUACAUUACAGAGUUCUAAAACAA